AUGGGCGCAACACGCGAUACUGCAAGGACGCUCAGCAUAGUCGUAUCCUCUCUCAUCCUGAUGUAUCAUGCCACAACAGCAUAUCUAUGCACCUUUCUCACCAACGACCCACUGUAUGUGUCUUUCAGCGUGACCGCAUAUGCCUGGUAUGGUUGCGUCUUGGCCAUGCUAGGAAUCUACGGAUCGUUCAAGAAAUCACCCACGCACCUGACAAUCUUCUCCAACCACUUGCUCAUAGAUACUGUCCUCUCUCUCGUUCCAAAAAUCGGCCUUGUCUAUCUUUUCUACGACGUUACUGCCGACCUCUGCUUCACCAGUAAACUCAACACCUCAUUCUGGUUUCCUUCCACUACCGCAGACCUGCACGGCCCAGGGCGUGUAAUCCAGACUGCAUCUACCGAACAAACUCUUGGUGCGAGUAUCAAGGCUCGCCGCCACUGCGAGACGGACGUCCUCCUAGCCCAACUUGCCUUUGGCGCUGUCCUCGUCUUUUGGACAAUCGCUCAAUGGGGUAUGGGAUUGAGCGUACGCCGAUAUGCUCUCAAGCUAGAAUUGAACAACUACCACACGGUCCAAUGUGUGGACGAAGAGAAGGCUUUUUACAAGGAGGAAAGUCUUGCCGAUGAAUAUCAGGAUGCUGUAACCAGCGUCCAGCAAUCGUCACGGGGAGAGAAAGACGGCGUCGCUUUCAUCGAGGUUGCUGAAAGGCCCUCUUGA